AAGUGAAAGUAAAAGUACAUCUGUCGAAGACAAAGCGCGUUGAAGUGCGAGAUUUUUGCAUGCACACGAAGAAAUUACACUAAACCAAAACUUACUUCAUAUGUAUAUAUCUCAACUUGUAUUCCUAUUGUAAUCCUUCAUAGCAGUCUUCCUCCUAUAGGGGACCUCGGAUUGCGGUCUGGACUUCCAACUGCAGAAUGGGUGCGCUGAUGACGUAUGCAUGCCUCGUGGCUGCCCUUGGGGCGUCUCUGUGUGUUGCUGCCCCAGUUUCAGGUGGUCUUCAGGUUUCAGUCACGUCCCCUGUCUCAGUGCAGCGAGGACACACGACCACAUUACCAUGCUGGCUCAAUCCACCGCAAAGUGCAGAGGCUUUAGAGGUACGGUGGUACCGUCAGGAUCACUUUGACUCCCCGAUCCUGUUUUACCGAGACAAAAGGUUUCAGGAUUCGUCCCAGUCAGCCUCGUACUCGGGCCGAGUCUCAUUCGGCUUAAAGGACGCGGCGUCUGGGGGGCUCACAGCAGGGGACUUGACCCUGAGGCUAGAAAACGCCACGGUUGAGGAUGCAGGGGAAUACACCUGUUACGUCAGCAGCGAUCAGGGUUAUGACCGUGGGAAUGUCCGUCUCGUUGUGACAGAAAUGGGAACGUCCCCUCUUCUGUCAGCAGAGUGGAAACACGAUCACAUGGUGAAUAUGAGCUGUGAGUCUGAAGGCUGGUACCCAGAGCCGAGUCUGCGCUGGUCCGAUCAGAACCAGGUUCUCAACCCAAAGAGCCUGAAGUACAGCAAAGACUCUUCUGGUCUUCUGUCAGUCCACAGCUGGCUUCUCGUCUCCAGCUCCUCUGAGGUUUCCUGCACAGUAGGCGUCUCUAAUAAAGAGCCAAAGAAGGCGAGAGUGCGCCUGGAAAACCGUCCCCCUCCACCUGAGUCCGGAUUGUCAGCAGCUUUUUGGGUGGCCUUUGCCCUCCUCCUCGUAGCGUUGUUAGUGUUACUCGGUGUGGUGUACUACAAAUGGAGAGAUUAUGAAAUGUCCUAUGUUUCAGAGAAGAAGGACAAAUCAGGAAAUGAGCAUGCUGAUGAGACUGAUGCACUUCUACCAGAAGUUACAAAAUGCAUCCAGCCAACAAAUCUGUCAACAGCUAAAAACUUCAAUGCUAUUGUGACACUUGACCAGAAUCCAACAAAUCCGUGUCUCAAAAUCAAGGGUGGUAUACUGAGAGACGCCCCGGUUGUCUUUCCUGAUGGAGACAAGGUGACCUGUCUCACGGCUAUCAAAGGAACCCCCGGCUUCUCUUCUGGACAACACUACUGGGAAGUUUCUUUGGGGAAAGACGACACUAAUGUAGGUCUCAAAAUGUCCUGGUGGGUAGGAGUUACAACUGCAGCUGUCCUUCCUCAGGAGUCAGGUUUUUCUCCAAAUACCUCCAACGGUUUCUGGUUCCUGUCCUCGUCCCCUGACAGUCCAGAGACCUUUUGGUUUAGCACAGAAGCCAAGGUUUUACUGCCCGUCCGCUCCAGGCCGCAGACGCUUGGUGUGUAUUUGAAUUAUGACGCUGGAGAGCUUUCCUUUUAUAAUGUAAAUGAUGAGAGUCUCAUUGGCACUUUUAGCGCUGAAUUUACCGGUGAAGUUUUUCCAUUUUUCAACCCUGGCAAAGGUGACAGAGGAACUAUGGAAAUAUUACAGAUGGAAAAGGGCCGAUCUAGCGUCGGGGACAUGGAUGAUGUAAGGCCACAAGAGGCCUAAUAUCCAUAGCAACUGCUAUAUGAAAAGCUAUGGGGUCAGUUUUAUGUUUUAGCACUGGAGUUGUAUCAUGUGUUUUUACUUUAUGGAUUCUAUUUAGUUCAGGGAAAUGUGUUGAGUGACUGAAAUGGGUGACUACUCAACAUUUGUAAUUUAAAAGCUGAAA